AUGGGACAUAAAGUGAUACAGGGUGACCUGGCCUACGAUGGCCGGGUCAUCAUUUACAUUCUUCAAGCGGAUCAGACGAACUACAUCAAUUACAUCAAGCCCCUUAUACUGGCCGAGGAACUUCAACUGCGCCAUGUCCUCUCGGUAAUCGACACCAGGUCGACCUGGUAUUACCAGGUACACCCUGAGCGAUACGUGCCAGCAAUAAAGGACUGGUGUCCAGAAACGAAAAAGGAACUCAUCGUUUUCGAGAGUACUGCAUGCCUGCAAUACAUUGCUGAGUGUUACGACAAAGACGGGUACUGGGCAGGCAGGAAUUCAUCGGAGAAAGCCGCCGUCCUCUCCUGGACGGCGUAUCAGACAGCUGGUCUCGGCCCGACCGCGAAAUACUGGUUGUACUUUGCACGUGGAUAUCCAAAUCGGCAGAAUCCCGAGUCACUGCCAAAGACAGUCGCAAAGCUGCAUCAAAACUGCGUUGCGCAGUGGGAUAUCCUCGAGCGACGCCUUGAGAUUGACGGCCAGCAAUACGUAGCCCUGCCAGAUAGGCCCACGAUUGCAGACCUAUCGUACUUUCCCUUUGCGAUGCCAUGGAUGUUUUCCUUUCUCGAUGUGGAUCUGGAACAAUAUCCCAAGAUCAAGGCCUGGGGGGAGAAAAUGCUGGCCAGACCGGCUGUGCAGUCAGUGCUAGCACAGGCGCCCAAGUAUGGCCAUGACACCGAUGAAGCGGGGGCAACGUAG